AUGGCGUAUCGACGCUAUCUCGAGGUCAGCACGCAAAGAUGUGUGAACACGUUUAUAGAACUGGCUGAAACCAGUUUAUUUUUAUCCACACUCAUCCCCGACAGCUGCAAAAUCCAGUAUGUUACACUGACGCCACGCUUAGAGGCCAUUGAGUAUGCUCAUAGUGGGUUAUCUGUUUCAGAAAAUAUAGCUCUGGACAAAGUAACCACGCAGAGUUCUUACUACAGACAGGUUCAAUAUUCAUCACUUGCUGUAGAUGGAAAUUUAACACAAGGUUCAUAUGCAAAUAACUGUAUACACACAGCAACCAUGGAUCCGUUCACCUGGUGGCAGGUAGACAUUGGCAGAGAAUACUACAUACACAAGAUAGCUAUUCACUUCAGGACAGACUAUAGCAUCCGCAGGAAUGGUGUUGAGGUGUACAGCUCUGUUGAUGUAAACCAAACAAACACUGGUCACCCGUGUGGUUCAGCAACAUCAAACAGUUCAGAUGUGACGUGGAUACCAAAAUACACACAACAUGAGUGA